UCGCCCGCCGCGCGAAGCCCCACGAUGCCCAACUUCUCGGGCAACUGGAAGAUGAAGAGCUCGGAGAACUUCGAGGAGCUGCUGAAGGCGCUGGGCGUCAACGUGAUGCUGCGGAAGAUCGCCGUGGCCGCCGCCUCCAAGCCGGCCGUGGAAAUCAAGCAGGACGGGGAGGAGUUCUACAUCAAGACCUCCACGACGGUGCGCACCACGGAGAUCAGCUUCCGGAUCGGGGAGGAAUUUGAGGAGCAGACGGUGGACGGCAGGCCCUGCAAGAGCCUGGCCAAGUGGGAGAGCAGCAACAAGAUGGUGUGUGAACAGCGGCUGCUGAAGGGGGACGGCCCCAAGACCGGCUGGUCCAGGGAAAUGACCAACGACGGGGAGCUCAUCCUGACCAUGACUGCGGACGACGUCGUCUGCACGAGGGUUUAUGUCCGGGAAUGAGGGCCCUGCUGUGGGGAGGACCAGAAGAGGCAGGCGUGUGUGGGUCCGGCUGCGAGAGCCCCCAAGCCACCACUCCUUCUAGCUGUUGCACUGUCCGGCCAAAGGGACGCUCGGCCACCUGACCCCCCCCCCCCGCUUCCCCCGCCUCCCAUCUCUCUGCUCAUGCCCAGAGGCACUGCGUGCGGCUAGAGUUCAUGGAGCAGCUUGGCUCCCCACAGCUGCUCCAAGGUGGGGGGGGGCAGCUGGGGGCCCAGAUGGAAAAAGCCAGCCCUGUCCUUUGGAUGCCCCCACGCCCCCCACAGGCGCACACGUCAAGGCUUCCCUUGUUCGGGAGAUUAAUUGCGGAAUUUCGGAUCAGACCUGAGGUCAGGGAGGGAUGCCCUCGGCCGGGGCUCCCCCUCCCUCCCUCCCUCCCUCCCUCCCCGGGGGGGGACUAGUCCUCUUGUCCCUCCAGUGCCCCACGGCUGGCCACACGCUCCUCCCUUUCCAGUCCUGGGAAAGCCCCUGCCUUUGUGCCCGUCCCCCGAACAACCCGAAGGAAAGUAGAAAUAAAAAAUUGGGACAGAAAGCAUGGCGUGGGCCGCAGGAUGUCUUGCACGUGGCAUUUUGGUCGUCUGCUCCCCGGAACCUUUUCCGUGCGGGCAAAACGCAUUUUCCGCUCUCCGGCCGAGACACGUCCUGGUCCCCCUCCAGACACACACAGCUGGCCAACGUCUUCAUAUCUCCUCUUGCAGCCACGACUGUUCUUUCCAAAGUAUUUAUUUGUCACCCCUGCGUCUGAAAAUCGCCUCUGCUCCCGCACCCCCAAACCUCUGGCACGCCCCACAGGGCCUGGCGGGCUCUCUUGGCCGAAGCGCCCACCUCUCCGACCCUCGCCCUUCUCGCUAAUAAAGGUCUUCUAAGAACGA